AGGUGUGGUCGCCGUACAACAGCCUUAAAAACACGUGCUGAGUCGAGCGCGUGAAGUUCAUGAAAACUACGAGGGAGUUGCGUGGGAUCACGGAGGAAUCAUCAAAUAAAGUCUUCGUCAGGACUAUGCCAUCCUACGCGCUCAAUCAGUUUAUUGACCUGGAUGAUGUCCUGUGCAAGCACCUUUUAAAUCUUGAUCUCCGAGAGCCGAUGAAGACCUCCGCACAGGCAGCUGCUGUUGGAUAUAGGAAGCCUGACAGUCCCUGCACACUUUCCUCCACUGGUUCAGGACUUUCUAUUGACAGCAUUGAGAGUGGAAGCAUGAACACAAAUUACUGGGGCACCCAGAAAGUAUCAUCUCAGUCGAAGUGGGGCAAGAUGCCCUUCUGGUCGGAGCGCUCCGUUAGCAUGGUGGAGGGCAACACUGGAAGUCUGGGUUGGUCUUCUGCCGAACCCAGCCAUUUAAAGCAAUCUUCAGUCACAUCAGGUGCCGUUUCCCUCUCCAACUCUACAUCUUCGAUCACAGCCACCUCAUCACGCUACAAGACCGAGCUGUGCCGCACGUUCGCCGAAAGGGGUCUGUGUAAAUAUGGCAGCAAGUGUCAGUUCGCGCACGGCCCUGACGAACUGCGAGACCUCAACCGUCACCCGAAAUAUAAGACCGAACCCUGCCGCACUUUCCACUCGAUUGGAUUCUGCCCCUACGGUAUCCGCUGCCAUUUCGUUCACAACGCCGAAGACGAUUACGCACAAUCCCGAGCCCAAACCUCCAACCCGACUGUCCAACGGCCUCCCCUACUCAAGCAGAGCUUCAGCUUCGCCGGGUUUCCCACAGCUCCCCAACCUCUCGAAGCCCCUCUGGCUCCUUCCUCGUUCCUGCGCGCGCCUUCCGUUUCGACUCCGUCAAGCGCCAUGUCUGACCUCCUCUCCUUGGCCUUCCCCGAUAUAGACCCCAACACCCUUCUGGACCAGGCUCGAGAGUUGCACCCUCAGUUUCUUCCCUCUCCUGACUCCGGGUACUCGCACUCGGGACUGACGCCCACGUUGUCGCCCACCCAGCUCGCUUCCUCCCAGCCCGAAGGCUGCUUACGGCAGAGUCCUACCGGUGGAGCUUCCCUAGGCCUCCGGAGUCUAUCCCACACCUCUCUCUCAGACCACGAGGGGGGCAGCUGCAGCUCAUCCAGCAGCAUGAGCGGGUCCGAAUCCUCCUUCGGGCCGGAAGCCAACGGGCGCAGGCUUCCCAUCUUCAGCCAGCUUUCAGUUCCGGAUGACGCCGUCUACAACGAACACAGCAACUCUAGCACAAGCUUCUUCCUGUAGACUGUCACUCCUCACGGGGACUGAACUGUAUACUGUGGUAUACCUGAUGUAUUAUAUGGCUGAUACUUGACAUUUUUAGUUAAGCUCUGAGUGAAACAUACUGUUUGAAGGUACUGAAUGUUGAAAUGAUUCGUUAAAGUGGGGUUUCAUGUGCUUUUAAGUGGAGCGAUUCGCCAUGUUUUAUUUUUGAUGACUGAAUAGACAAGUGGGGACCAGAUUGAACUCUACAACCUGCAAAGUUCUGGCAUCGAGAUGUUUAGUAACAUAUGAAGCUGUUAACUUUUAAGAUGCAUUUAGCAAUCAGCUAUUUACGAAACCGUUGUACCGAAAUAGCCAAAGAGAGGUUAUGACCAGGUCUUGAAGGUCAUUUUCAAUAUUUGAGAGAUUCAUUGUACUCUUUCUAACUAGAGGCCAAACUAUUUGUUUUGUUUUGUUGUUACUCCACAGUUUGUGUACUAUCAUAAACCAACUGUUUCGAAGUUAGAAUUGAUUUUUAUUAAUUGAUGUUAGUCUGCAAUAUCGCUUUGAGUUCUUCCGGCUCCCUUUUUUUUCUUUUUCUUUUUUUUUUCUAGAUUGGCAUUUGGUUCGUUCCCAGACCUACUUGCCUUAUGUUUCCGAGGAUCCAUCCUCAGGAAGUGCACAGUUGGAGCUUUACUUGGAAUGAGUUGCCUGUGUCAUAGUUUUUGGUUUUGUAGCUGUUGAUAUUGUGAGUUUAGGCAAACCAAUUUAUUACAGUAUGAGCCUUUAGUGGCCUAUUUUUAUUUUAUUUUAUAUAGCUGGUUCUGAUUGGUCCAUGUUUUGCAUCUGAUUGUCUGUAAUGCACCUGCUGGCUUGUGUUACAUGAUGGAGAGUUUCAAGUAACUUAAUUUCCUUUUUUAUAUUUAUUUUAUUGUAUUUAUAGAAAACAUGUUUUUGAUGACGUUUGUAUUAAGUUUAAUAUAUUGAUUUCUUCUCCCUGCUGCCCCUAUUAUUUUGUACUGAAAAUAAACCCUGUUGAUGAA